GUUGUAUUUCCAACAUUAGCUACAAGUACCGUAAUCAUAAACAAUCAGCUCUGGAUUCAUUCUCUACUCUCUAUUCUCUAUUCUCUAUUCUCUAGUUUCCAAAGACUCAUACCCAAGUACGGUAGGUAGGAUUACUACAUGCAUGACAGUCACACCGAUUAAAACUAGGGAUUUAGCUAUUUAAAAUCAUCUUUCACUCCCUCAGCCUUUUAAUUCUAUUUGAAGGAAACGAUUCCCCAUCUUGAAAGGGUCAACUGCUACUUUUGUCCUUCUUCCAUUAUUGCAUCCCUCUUACAAUCAUUGCCAAACCUACUACUUCCAACAUCUAUCUCCUUGUCCAUCAACUCUCUUCACUUCCAUAUCUUGUCUACCCCUCACCUCUUUGCCGUUCCAGAUUUACUUGUGAUUGGGAAUCAUCAUUUGACUUGGCAAUAACCUUUCUAUCACCAAUUCACGGAUAUCAAGGCGACCUGCAGCAGCUGAAACCAAGUCAAUACCCACGAGGUACUAAGUAAGUGUCUGAUGAUCAAUCUAUCCGUCAGCAAACAAUCAAUCUGGUGAUUGAUAGCCGUAGCCGUGCAAGAGUUACACUUCAUUUCUCUAACACACGGCUGCAACUACAUCUGCAACUACAUCUGCAGCUAUUUUGGUGCUUAGCAUAUGCAGCAGAAAAGGCUUUGGUACAAUCACUGAAUCUACAACGUUUGCUCAUUCAAGUCAAUUCCAAAAAUCAGGCUGACUCGAGACUCACCAACUUAUUAGGUCAUUGGCUGCAUUUGAACCGUACGAUAAUUCAACCGCAAAAUAAUAUCUUGCCACCAUAAAAUCUCAAAUUAGGCAGUCAACCACCAACAACACCAUUCCAACUUGCACAACAAUUUAAACCUUCCCAAUAUCUUUCUUUCGCAACGGCUACGUUAUUAAGAUCAAGAAAGGAAAAGGGUUGGUUGAACAAGAUGGAUACCCCAAGCUCAAGCAAAGGUAGUGAACAAGUCAAUGAGAGGGAGGAGCCUACGACUGUGGUCGCGGGAGAAGGAUCAUCGACUGCACAGAUUGAGGUUAAACCGCGACAGGCCACGGAUAAGCAAUGCAAAGCCAAAAAAUCUAAGAAGGAAAAGGCGGACAAGAGUUGCAAAUCCAAAAGCAAGAAAACUAAAAAGGUGGUAGAAACCGAGUCUGAGAGCGAAAUUGAUGAAUCUUCGGAUUUAGAUUCUACUUCCUCUUCGUCCAGUGACUCCGACGAAUCAGAGACGGAAACUGAAAAGGAGAAGAGAAAGAGAAAGGCAAAGUCGAAGGCCAAACAAAAGCUCAAGGAAAAGCGUAAGGCUAAAUCAAAGAAGAAGGCUAAGAAAGAUGUGGGUAUCAGUUCGUUCCAUUUUUAAAUACGCUAAAUACUAAUAUUCUCUAGGAUACUUCUGACUCCGAUUUCACUUCCGAUUCAGAAUCAAAUUCGGAUAAUGAAGAUGAAGAGGAUGAAGACGAUUCCGGUGAUGCCGAAGCCGAUGACGAUGCCGAUGAGGUGGUCGACGUUACCAAUGCUCAACUUCAGGCACAAUUGAUGCAAAUUCAAGCACAACUUCAAAGAUCUUCAUUAUCGCACCCUCCGCAAUUACCACCAGUAUGGAGUUUACCUCCUCCACCUGCGGCACCAAACUCUCUUCCUCCUGGUACAAGACAGCUCCAAGCAUUACGAAGAAAGCUUCUGUUGGAUGAGAGGAAUCAAGGAAAAAAGAUUAGAAAGGAUAAGGGCAAGAGGAAGAGAGGAAGCAAGUUGGAAUACAAGAGAGUCGAUCAAUUAUGGGAUAGCACAAUUCAUAAUUACAAGCUUACCGAUACUGCGGAGGAUGAAGAGAGCUCGGAGUACGAUCAAUAUCUUUUCAAUGUUCGCCGAACAUUUGAUUGGGAGGGAAAAUAUAAGGUACGCUCCCCAAUUUCUUGCUAAACCAUCUCAGAUGCUAACAUUUUAAAGGCGACUGUUGUUGAUAUUAAGAGUAAACUUUUGAAAGAAGCUCUCAAUGAAGCCAUGGAUGGUGUCAAAGGUGUUAGUUUGGUCGAAGAGACCCCAUGCAUUGACCCUAACCUCCUUUUCCUGUACCUGGAGGACCUUCGGAAAUCUUGCAAACAAUUGAAAAAUAAGAAGGUUACUGAAAAGAAAGGCAAGAAGAAGCUCAAGAAGAGAAAUGAGACCAAGAGAAAACAUCUCAAAGUUCUCUUAAAAUAUCUCGACAAGGAUUAUGCCUCCACUAAGAAGACCCUCUAUCCCAUGUUGGAAACUGGAAUCAUAACAUUCGAUCUGCUCUGGGCCUUGUAUAAGCCUAAUACCUUGGCUUAUACGACAACUUAUGGCACCAUUGAUGAGCCAAGAGCUUUCAAAAUCGAACUGGCCGAAAAGAAUAUCAGUUUCCUGAAGGGAACUUGGUAUAAUAUUGAGGGUAAAUAUUUGGAGUAUGAUGGAAAGACGUGGGGAAUGGGUAUGUUACAUGUAUGUUCCACCAAAAUAAUCCACUAACGUCAUUAUAGGUACCAUGGAUUGUGAUGUUCCAGCUUUCAAGGGUGCAAGAAAGAUUACAAGUCUUAAUUGUUAUCCUUUAAAAUAUCACAAAAAUGAAGCCAAACUUCGUACCGAACUUAUCGAGAGAGGUAAGAAGUUUGUGGCAUUACAAGGUGUUCACUACAAGAGUCAUAAAGGAAUGGCAUAUUACAAGAAGCGCAAGUCUAUUGUCAAAGUCAAUAUUGAUGGUAGAGUUAUGGUCGACCCCGCUAUUCAUCGACGAAUCUUACCAAAUUAUAACGUCAGCACCGUCAAGCCUAAUGAUCCAGAUCUUAUCGAUGAUUCUGAUAGUGAGGAUUAUGAAUGUGGUUGUUGUGGUGAUGAUGGUUCUGAUGAUGGUCAAGGAGAUCGUGGUUUGGAGACGAGGGAAGAUAAUGAUGAACCAAAGAUGAAGUUCAAGGUUGUUCUCGAUGAAAAGGAGAAACCUCAUCUAGUUUCAGUUCCUGUCGAUGAAGAUGGCAAUGAAGUUAUUGUUGAGAAAUUGGAUGAAGUUCCAAGUAAGAUUACCAAUAAGGACAACAAGGAUGAAACGACACAGGCAGAAGAUGAUAAGAAAUCUCUUCCUAUCUUCACAGAUGAGGAAUAUCUAAUCGCUUCUCCUGUUGUUCUUGGAUUCGCUUUUGCUGAAAAGCUUUGGCUCGAAUUCACAGUUUCAGGUAUCAAAGAUAUCGUUUGGAACGAAGGUGCUUACGAUUCUCUUGUCUUAGAAGAUAACACCAAAGCCAUUGUCAAAGCUCUCGUCGAAUCCCACAAAUAUCAUCCAGCUGAAAGUAUUGAUGAUGUUAUUCAAGGUAAAGGUAAGGGACUUGUGGCUGUUCUUCAUGGCCCUCCUGGUACUGGUAAAACUCUCACAGCAGAAGGUAUAUCGGAACUUCUUAAAUGUCCUCUCUACAUGGUUUCAGCUGGAGAACUUGGUACCGAUCCAAGGACUCUUGAAGCAGAACUUCAAAAGAUCCUUGAUAUUGCACAUGCAUGGGGUGCAGUUCUUCUUCUUGAUGAAGCAGAUGUUUUCUUGGAGAAGAGAACAAUUCAGGAUAUUCAUCGUAAUGCUUUGGUUUCUAUUUUCCUGAGACUUUUGGAAUAUUUCCAAGGUAUUCUUUUCUUGACUACGAAUAGGGUUGAAACAUUUGAUGAUGCUUUUCAAUCAAGAAUUCAUAUCGCAUUGAGAUAUGGAGAUUUGAGUCCAAAGGCAAAGAAGAGUGUUUUUAAGAUGUUUAUUGAGAGAGUUAGGGUUUUGGAGGGUAUCGAUACAAUGCCUUUUACUGAAGAAGAUUAUAAUGCUUUGGCUAGGAAUAAUUUGAAUGGAAGACAGGUAUGUUUUUUUUCCCCAUCCUUUCCUUUUUCAUUUAAUUUGAGAAUAUAAUUAACAUAUUACUUUAGAUCAAAAACACAAUUCGUACAGCUCAAGCCCUCGCUGUCAAUAAUAAAGAACCACUUUCUAUGGAACAUAUCAAACGUGUUUUGGAUGUUUCAAAUGCAUUUGAUAGGGAUUUGAAAGGAGGAACAGGUUUUGAGGAUGCUAUGAGAGGGUACUUUUAAUUUUUCUCUAUUAUUGCUGGCAAUGGUUGGGAUAGGAUGGUUAUGAGUGGUGGAGUGAGGUUUCUUUGGGCAUAAAUAAAAUCAAUUUUUACUGG